AUGAACUUUUUCAACUGUGGUUUCAAGGCGCUCGCCUAUCCUGUACCGAACGUCUUGGAUCCUGUAUCUUCGUGCCAAUGUUCUCUAAUCUUUAGGUGUGACGACGCGUCCAAGCAGGCGACAGUCUUGCUCGUAUUCAAAAUUCCCACAACUCAUGAUGUACAGCUCUUCGCUCUACAGUACGAUGCUGACAAGCUGCUAUCUGGUACUGUCAGUCUUACUAGCGGCAACAGCCAUAUUCCGCGACCACAGCUGGACGAGCUCUUGCGAAACAAGGACAACAAGCAUUGGGACAUCAAGACUCUCGCCCUAGGCGUGGACCAGUCAUGUCCCCUCUGGUGUCCGGCCGCCAUGUCUUUUAGUCCCAAGCCUGGAUGUGACUCUUCUUUCCGUGAGUUUGUAGAACUCACCAAAGCAACCACGAUUCACAUCGCCUUUGAUUACAAGUAUGUGCGCAAGGAACAUCAGGGUAUGUUCAAAGCGUUCAGCAAAGCCGCGAGGGGCCUGACUGGCUAUCCAAUCGAUGGAAUACUCAUUAAAGAAGGGCUGAGGAAGGCAAGCUGGGAGGACUUCUGCCCUGUUGACGAUAUUGGGGCUCCGCCUGCUUAUGAUAACCCUCGUAAGCGGCCAAGGCAGGCAAGCCUGGGGUCACCCGUUCAGUCACCAAAACGCUUCGCGCCCCAAUCACCUGCUAAAUCCGACACUUCUGACACUACCGUACCGCUGAGUCCGGCUGCAGCUGAUGCUUUGAUAAAACAAUUCGCGCAGGCGUCACCCAAAGUUGACUAUCAGAUCGAGGCUAUCAAUGCGGCAGUCAGCAAACAGCUGCCUGCGUAUCUUGAGAAGGUCCUUCCUGACGUCCUCGAAAGUCUUCUCGCUGGUGCGCCUAAGUCCCAUAUUAGCUCACCAGCCUCUUCAUUCACUGUCGAUUGUCUCGGCAACAAAUAUCCAAAACUACCACCCUUGACACCCCUGGGAAAGACAUGGAUUCCCCACCUCCGAGUCCAUCUCGCCCAGCAAUUUCAGCAAUACCAGGCCCGGCAGUUACAACGUUUCGAGCAACUUGUCGAUAAAAAGCUGGAUGAGGUCUGGAACGAAGCGUACGAUGCACGAGCCCAUGAAACAGUAGAAAUGAUGGAUGAGAUGGAGGAGCAUAAAGCGGACAUUGCACUGUUAAAAGAGGACGCUAUCAAAGAUCUUGGGCGCGAGAUUGAGGAUGUUUUCACAAGGUGUAAGGAAGAAGGAGAUGUGCUGAGCAACGACGUCAAUGAGCGGUUAUCAGAGCUCUGUGAUAGAAUUUAUGAUGUGAAGAAACAGAAACUACGAAAGAUGAUUACGAGAGAAUUCAGCAGGCAGAAGCGGAAGAAGAUGGGCGCGUCGAAAAGAACAGGGAAGCGGCUAGGGAGGAGUGACAAGAGGCUGUUGGGGAGAAGAAGAGAAGAGGAAGAGUGGGUUGACUGUUGA